AUGCAUUCUGCGUUACGACCUAAACCACAAUCGAAACAGACAUAUUCGACUGUGAUACCAUCAACAUUACCGAAUCAAAAAACUCAUCAGAAUGGACAUUUAUCGAAACCAUUACAUACAAAUGGUAACGGCUACCAUCAUCAUUCUACUCAACAAUCUUUAUCAUCUACAUCGUCUACAACAUUAGAACGAUAUCAAAAUAUACCAUCUUUAUCAUCAUCACAAACAGCAUUUCAAUGGUCAUUAGGUUUAAUUAAUUCGAAAGGAAAAUAUUUAACAUCAGAAAAUUUUGGAUGUAAAAUCAAUGCAACAGGAAAUAGUUUACGUAAAAAACAAAAAUGGAUAAUACACUAUAAUAUACAAGAUGAUGUUAUUUAUUUAAUGAGUCCAUUAAAUUAUUAUUUAUCAACAGAUAAAUAUGGUCGUUUAACAUGUGAUAAAUUAACACCUGAUAUUGAUUGUCAAUAUCAAUUAGAAUUUUCUAAUCAUCCAUUAACAAAUGGUCGUUGGGCAUUUAAAAGUGUUGUCUACGGAAUGUUUUUAGGUGGUGAUGGUGAUCAUCUACAUUGUUUUAGUAAAACACCAGAAUGGUGGCUUCCACAUCUCGCUUUACAUCCUCAUAUUAAUUUAAAACAUAUUUUACGCAAGAGAUAUGCACGAUUAGAUGAAAAUGAAAUUCAUAUUGACGAAAUUGUACCAUGGGGAUCGAAUGCAUUAAUAACAGUAGAAUAUUGUGAUGAUAAAUAUGCGAUUCGAACAUGUGAUCGACUUUAUUUUCAUAAAGAAGGAAAAUUGAUACAACAAUGUACAGAUGAAUCAUUAUUCACUAUUGAACUUAAUAAAGGAUAUUUGGCAUUUAAGGAUUGUGAACAUCGAUAUUUGACAGCUGUUGGUCCACAAGGCAUAAUGACAACAAGAAAUAAAGUGGCUGGAAAAGAUGAAUUAUUUUUAUUAGAAGAAAGUAAACUACAAGUAUGUUUUACGGCACAUAAUGGAAAAUUAGUUUCAAUAAAACAAGGUAUUGACGUAUCAGCAAAUCAAACAGAAAUAAGUGAUAGUGGAAUAUUUCAACUUGAAUAUGAUGAUAAAACUGCUGCCUAUCAUAUUCGUACAUGUAAUAAUAAAUAUUGGAAACUUGAAGGAAAUGGAGUACAAGCAACUGGUGAAAAAAAUAUGAGUGAAACAUCAUUUCAAAUUCAAUCGUUAAAUGAUGGUCGUAUAGCUUUUCAAGCACCAAAUGGAAAAUAUAUUGUUCCACAUCCUACUGGACAUAUGCGAGCUGUUAGUGAUACACCAUCAACAACUGAAACAUUUUUAUUAAAAUUUAUUAAUCGUCCUAUAAUUGUUUUAAAAUGUGAUUAUGGUCUCGUAGGAUAUCGUAAUAAAACAUGUUAUAAAUUAGAAUGUAAUAAAUCAACGUUUCAUGUAUUUCAACUUGAAAAUGAUCAUGAUGGUACUUAUUAUCUAAAAGGUUCACAUGGUCUCUAUUGGGAAUUAUUAAAUGAUUCGAGUAUAAGUGUUAGUGGACGAGAACCAUCAAAAUUUUCAAUUGAACUUUGUCAACAAAAUCGAAUAAUUAUUAAAGCACCAAAUGGUCAAUAUUUAAAAGGUGAACAAAAUGGUUCAAUGACAACAUGUUCAACAAUAAAUCAAGCAACAUCAUGGGAAUUUUAA